CAGAACAUUUCCCUGGAUAGUGGUCCUGGCUGCCAUACUGCUUGCUGUGCUUCUUCUCAUUGCUGGGAGCAUCUGUCUCAUCAAGAAGCUACACAGGGAAAAAGAGGUUCUGUCAGUGGAAAAAGAAGUUGAAAAUGAAGAGAAAGAAAUUGCACAGCAACUUCAAGAAUUGCGUAAGUUUGGCAUUUCCUGAACUACUCCAUGCAGUCUGUAUUCUGCUCAGUUAGCUGUUAUCUUGAGAAGCUCACCUCUGUCUGUCCCAUUGUAGGAUGGAGAAGAACCCUCUUACAUGCUGCUGAUGUGAUCCUGGAUCCAGACACUGCUCAUCCUGAGCUCUUCCUGUCAGAGGACCGACGAUGUGUGAGACGGGGCCCCUACAGGCAGAGCGUGCCUGACAACCCAGAGAGAUUCAACUGUCAGCCUUGUGUCCUGGGCCUGCCGAGCUUCUCCUCAGGAAGACAUUACUGGGAGGUAGAGGUCGAAAACAUGAUGGUGUGGACUGUGGGGAUUUGUAGAGAUAGUGUUGAGAGGAAAGGGGAGGCACUACUGGUUCCUCAGAAUGGCUUCUGGACCCUGGAGAUGUUUGGAAACCAGUACCGGGUCCUGUCCUGUCCUGAAAAGAUUCUCCCCCUGAAAGAGCGCCUUCACCGGGUGGGCGUCUUCCUGGACUAUGAAGCUGGAGAUGUCUCCUUCUAUAACCUGAGGGAUAGAUCACACCUCUACACGUGUCCCCGCUCACUGUUCUCUGGGCCCCUGAGGCCCUUCUUUAGGCUGGGGUCUGAUGACAGCCCCCUGUUCAUCUGCCCAGCAUUUACAGGGGCCCAGGGAGUCCUGGUGCCUGAGGGAGGCCUGAUCCUUCACAGUGUAGGGGCUCACAACAGCCACUAGGACCAAUUUUCUGGUCUCAGAGCCACAUAGAAAAAUCCUGGCCAUCUCUACUACCACAGCACAGUGCCCCCCGGAGUAAACUGGCCCUCCUUCCCUCUGGUCACAAAAGACAACUCCCACCAGAGGCUCUAACACUUCCUCAGGACCCAGCCCCAUCUCUCCCUCAUUAGGCUGCUGCUUUAGUAACCCAUUUGCAUGUAACCAUGGAGCAGCAUCCAGUCUCAGGGUAACUAGUGCUGCCAUAAGGCUCCCAACCAAGAAUAAAGUGUGAGAACGUGACAGGAAGAAAACCUGCUGCUUUGACACUAGAGUGACUCAUUCAGCCUGAGACUCCAGUUGACAUCAGACACUGUGGACUCUGGGGUGAGGGCAACAGGACACACUAAGAUGUAAGCAGGGAGUGGAAACCACAACUGGUUUGAGGAAGCAAGACCAGAAAGCUGGGAGGGGGCCAAUUCUGUGGACAUGGGUAAGCCCAACUCUUAACAGCCAAGGGGUACCAAAGGCUAAUGGUUCCACCUAUACCACCACACCGAAGAUUGCCAAACACGGUAAUGCUCUCCAGGCCUAGAACUGGGAUGAAGAAGGAUGGAGGACAAGGUACAUCUGGGUCUGGCCUGGAUCAGGUGUCCCUGCAAUAAAUAAGGUGUCACUACUCAGUUAUUGAGAAUGGCCUAAGGCUUAAGGUCCCAGCUGAGUAGGUGAGUACUGGACCGAGUGGAUCACAAGGUUCAGGUUAAGUGGGGAGAAUGCUAGUUUCCAGCUUUUUGGCCUCAGGAUACCUUUAAACACUUAAAAAUUGUCGAGGACUCUAAAGAGCUUUUGCUAACUGGAUUAUAUUUGUCAAUAUUUAUGACAGUAGAGAUUGAAACUGAAAUUCUGUUAAAUGUAUUUAUUAAUUUAUAUUAAAAUAACAACAAACCAAUUAUAAGUUAAUAUAAAAAUUUUUAUGAAAAAUAACUAGUUUCUAAAACAAAAUAAAACAGCCUUUGAGUGUGGCUUUCUUUAACAUUUUCAUAAAUGUGAUGUCUGGCUUACUGGAAGAUGGCUAGAUCCUCACAUCUGCCUCUGUAUUCAGUGUUCGGGUAUCACAGGUCCCGUAGUCUCUAGAAAAUUUCACUGAACACUAGUGAGAGAAUGAGAGCAAAAACAACAACCAAGUCUUAGUGUUAUUAUUAUGGAAAUAGUAUUUGCCUUGUGGACUCCUUAAAAGUGUAACAGGGACCUCCCAGAAAUCUGAAAACCAUAUUUUGAGAACCAGGAUAUAGGAUCCUGUAACUGAGUCAGUAUCGAAAAUAGCCUAAAUGGUAGUGUUUAGGAUAAUUCGAUAAUUAAGUAAUCCAGUUGUAAAAAGUGGAAAAAAGUGGUGUGGAAAAUAAAAUAUUUAAAAACUCUAAAAUUUUCUUACUGUAGUUACAAAUGGGCACAUUCUGGAAAGAACCAGGAACACUGAAAUAUCUGACUUGUUAAGAUGGAAGACUGGAUUACGUAUAUGUAUGUGUCGUUUUUAUUUUUGGUGUUGUUAUAUUAUUUGAACAGUUUUCACUAAAAGCACCAGACUGAGUUGGGAAGGUAAUGCUGCUCAUUACUGACUGUAUUAAUCUUAAGCAAAUUAUAGCUUUUCAGUGUUUCAGUAUCAUGGAAAAUAAGGCUUCAAGUGGGUUGUAUCUCUUUUAUUAUAGUUCAUGAAUGCUUUCACUUAAGCUGUAUAUAUACGUUCUCACAACAGAUAUCUUUAUCCAUGAUGAUUUAGUGAAGCCUAGCAAGUUAAGAUGAUAUUUUUUUGUUCAAGGAAAAUAGAGUUUUCAUUCAUACUUUUUUUGAUACAUAAUGCCUCUCUUUAAGGUGCCUUUCAAACUUAAAACGAAAAUGUUUUAAGUAUUUACUGAAGCUAGACAUGAACCCAAUCCUGUACUAGCCACUAUAGGAUCAUCAUAAUAGUAUAAAACUUGGCCCUUCCCUCCUCUUUCAGUCUUUCAUUCCUAUUUGCACUUAUUUGUUUACUCUAAAAGAAUUUCACUCUUUGAUGUGUCAACUGUGUAAUGUGUGGUUCCAUGAAGGAAAUAAGCAGGGUGAUGUUAUGGAGAGGAGUUGUGGGGGAGGGAGGGUUGCUUCAGAUGGCAAAGGUAGAGAGGGCCUCCUGGAGGAAGUGAUGGGUUUUCUGAGACUUGAGAACUAGUAAAGAACCAGCCCUGUGAGAGCUGAGAGACAGCUGCUGAGCAGAGGCAACAAGGCACACGAGUCCCCAGGCAGGAAUAAACUAACUAGUUGAAGUAACAUAACGAGGCUCCUACAGUCAGAGCAGAGACUGCGAACAGGACAGGCAGGAGACUGACUGAAGGAGACCCUCUGGGACCUCAUAGCAAAGUGCUGAGAAUCAAACAGAAGCAGUAUUAUGAAAAAACUAAAGCUCACAUGAACAGAAAAUGUAGUCACCCAAAUGUGAUUUUUUUUACUUCCUCUUCCCAGAAGGAUUCCUCAUUCUUAACAGCACAGGGGAUUUGAUUUUCCAUAAUUGCCUUCUUUUUCCUGGGGUUGAAGGCAAGGGGUGAAAUGGAGUAGAGUAUGGAGAAAAGGAGAAUGGCGCCCAGGGACUCUUCUCUCCUUUUGGUGUCACCAGUCAAGCCUGGUAUACUGAUCUCAGCCCUCAGUGGCUCUCAGUUCCCCAGAUACAGCAAAAUUGCUUAGUAUCUAAAGCCAAAAGGAACUUCCUACAUAUUUCUAAGAACAAAAACAAAUUAAAAAAGGAUUCCUUGUUCAUGAUUUAUUGAUAAUUUUUCAGUAAUCAAGUGUUCACAGAAGGGAGCAGUCACUCCACUGUAUGCUUCAUGAACACAUUCCAUCCUCCUUCCCACAUCUUUAACUCAAAUCUUAAUUGGUUGACUUCUGUUUAUUUUCUGAAGAAACUCAUUAAAGAUCUCAGAGAAUUCUGAGAUUUCCCCCCAUAAGCAAGCCUUUGUAUCUCUUAUAAAACCUCUCUUUUAUUGCAGAAUGGAAAAGUACUACUGUAUUCAGGUCAGUGGCUCUUCAUUUCUCUGGGACACUGAGCUCCUACCUCCAUGGAUUCAAAGCCUCAGGAUACACAGAAAUGAAAAAUACUGACAGCAGUUUAGUGAUGAGGAUGGAGAGAAGAGAGAUGGUGUAAACUGCUUCAACAUUCUCCUUCCCCAAUUAACUUCAAGGCACACUAAUCUGUAGCUGAUAAUAAGGAAGUUGGUAUGGGGGCGAGCAGGGUGGAUAGGGGUUAGGGGUUGGGACCACUAGGAGCAAAGAUCAGUGAACAGGUUAGAAAAGGUCUUCUGAGGAUACCUGACAAUCCCUAGCAUGGGUCUCAUUUCUCUGGAUAGAAAGUUUCUUUCUAAAUCUGUCACAUUUACUAACUCUCAGUCUCCUCUCCUCUUCCCUUGCCACCUCCAUCUCUCUCUCAGUGGUCAACUGAAUACACUUUAUUAUUCACCCUAGAAGAUCUUCAGCCAUUGAGGGACUGAACUGUGGUAAAUCUUAUUUUCUCAUUCCUCUGUGACAUUAUAAAUUGGGUAGUUUCCAGUUCCACACACUCUCAAGAGAAUCCCUAGCAAGAGUGUGUCCCAGGUGCCCACAGCAGUAAGCCAGAUACUGUCAUACCCUUUAUUGGCUCUCUGUUGUCUCAUGUCCUCACCUUCAUUCACAGGGUUUCUGUGAUCACCACCAAAUAAACUGUAUUCAAAUCAGUGUUUCAGAGUCUUCUUCUGGGGAACU